AACUCAGUAAUUAUGCAGGCUGGCGACAGCUGGACUUGUGUGAGUGUGUGUGAGGUGGAGGGGCAUUUUCGUCAGUUAUAGAUUACUUAAUGGUUGAGGACUUCUAAUGGUAAAACGGAUUUUAGAGAUGCACAAUGUGACAUAUAAUCGUAUGAAACAAGUCUCACAAAAACACUAACAUGUAUCAGCUAUUAUCUAGAGUGUUAAGCAGUUAAUAGCAGCUGGAGGUUAUCUCCGGAAAUUGGCAAUAUUAGUGAAGUACAAGAUGGCGGCGUCCUAACGGAUUAAAUUUACUACAGAGACAGCUGUUACAUGUAUGGCGGGGCGUCAGAUGUUCGUAUAAAGGUCGUACGUCGUACAUGGCUUGCUGACAACAGAGGUGACCUUGGUUAGAGAUGAAGUGAAGCCUUGACCUUCUGGACGUGCCGUCAUUCUGAUUCUUGUGAAAAUGAAGGACAAAGCACACGUUGGUAUUGCUCAACAGAACACACAGGCUUUUGGUGCCAACAGGAAACGAACAUUUCUGUUUGUAACUAGACUGUGUGCGGCGUUAGUUUCCCACGAACUACUGUCUGCCAUGGUUCUCGGUGCGCCCUCUAACACUGGACCUGAGUUAUUGACUGACUACCGGUUCACCUACAACACCACUGAUACAUAUGUAGACAGGGUGUGCAGGCGUGCGCCCGUGCUACUAGACCCUAGCGCAGCGCUGCCAUGCCGAAUCGUUGAUAGGAAUUGUGUAGUGGACGAUCCCUGUGCAAGGCCUGACCCUGUGGAGAGACUGUUAAAUACCGCGCCCUGCCCGCCCGUCUCGAACCCCACCCUGAUAUGUUUGUUUGGUAUUCGGGCGAAGCUGGAAUGUCCAGAGAAGUUCGAGAUAUUACGGAAGUGCUUUCUUUCACCAAAUAAAACAAUAUAUGACCUGAAAAAUCAAACAGAAAGCUGUCAUUUAAAACGUGCGUGUGGUCAGUGGUUAAGGGCGUGCCCUAAUGAACUUUCCCGAUUGAGCGAUGUUUUUGUGAACUGUGCUGCCCCACAAAAUCCCGUAACAGAGAUUGUACCAACUCACAGUACGAACAACGUGCCCACUGUCGAUCGUUCCACCGACAUGCCAACACACAGUACGAACAACGUACCCAAUGUCGAUCGUUCCACCGACAUGCCCGGGCGUACGACUUACCCAACAGACUUAGACAACGCAACUCAUCCCACACACGAUGUACCGGAUCCGGAACCUGCAGCCAUAUUACUAUUCUGGAGAAUUGCAGGGAUAUUCCUCCCAGUGUGCCUUAUUUUCACUUUGUUUGUCUUUUGUAAGAGAAGAGACUCGAGAAGAAAAAAGAAGUGGAUGCCUAUGAAUAAGCGAACUUCUGGACUGGACCAGACGCCAAACCACACGUUUGUUGACGUCUUUGCGGAAAUCGCCCCAGAAGAUAGAGAUGUGGAAACUACUCCAUUCCUUGCCGACGGUCCCGUAGCCACCGGAGAGACUGUUGUGUUCAUUCAAGACACUGGAAACCAUUUAGAGUCAAAGGCAGAAACUGAAAAGCAUGGAAUAUCCACCGUCGUCCCGCAAAAAAAUGUCUCAGCAGAAUCAAAAUAUGUUCCUCAAGAACACACUCCAUGCUCUGUUGAUACCCAGAAAACAACCGAAAAGUCGGAACUUAUUUCGCCAAUUUCACCAGAAAUUUCAGUGUCUAAGACAGAAACAGAAAAUGAUUUGGAGAAAAGUACAGAAGACAUUCAGACAAAUGAGACCUCUGGCACUACAAGUGUUGAUGCAAAGAUAAACAAUUUGAGACUAUCAGAUACAGAUCUCGGGGAGACAAACUUAGAAACAGAAAAUCCUGGAAUCCCACAAAACAAGUCGGUGCCAGUGAAUACUGAUCACGAAGAGACAAAUUUAGAAACAGAAAAACAGAAAACACCCACCGACCCGCAAAAAAGUACGGUACCGGAAUCAACAGAUGUUCCUCAUAUAAGUAAUCGGUGCUCUGUUGAUACCCAGAAAACAACCGGAAAGUCGGUACUUAUUUCGCCAAUUUCACCAGAAAUUUCAGUGUCUAAGACAGAAACAGAAAAUGAUUUGGAGAAAAGUACAGAAGACAUUCAGACAGAUGAGACCUCUGGCACUACAAGUGUUGAUGCAAAGAUAAACAAUUUGAGACUAUCAGAUACAGAUCUCGAGGGGACAAACUUAGAAACAGAAAAUCCUGGAAUCCCACAAAACAAGUCGGUGCCAGUGAAUACUGAUCACGAAGAGACAAAUUUAGAAACAGAAAAACAGAAAACACCCACCGACCCGCAAAAUAGUACGGUACCGGAAUCAAAAGAUGUUCCUCAUAUAAGUAAUCGGUGCUCUGUUGAUAACCAAGAACAACCAAAAACGGGAUAUUUCCUAGGCCAAAGCCUCCAGGAGUUUCAAUUCUAAAUUAGAAAAUGAAUUGGAGGAAAGUGUAGAAAACGUUAAGACAGAUGAGUCCUCUGGUGCUAGAAGUGUUUACACAACGAUACCGUGUAUAGAUGAUGACUCCGAGGAAUAAACGAAAAAAAACUCGAACAUUGACAAUCACAAAUAGUGAAAUCGACAAUCACAACUCUAAGAUAUCGAUAAUCACAGAUUUUUUUACCGACAAUCACAAUUAUAGAUAUCGACAAUCGUAACUAUAGAUAUCGUCAAUUACAACUACAGAUAUCGACAAUAACAAUUACAUAUAUCGACAAUAACAAUUACAGAUAUCGACAAUCACAGUUACAUAUAUCGACAAUAACAAUUACAGAUAUCGACAAUAACAAUUACAGAUAUCGACAAUCACAGUUACAGAUAUAGACAAUAACAGUUACAUAUAUCGACAAUCACAGUUACAGAUAUCGACAAUAACAAUUACAGAUACAGACAAUAACAAUUACAGAUAUCGACAAUAACAAUUACAGAUAUAGACAAUUACAACUACAGAUAUCGACAGUCACAACUAUAGAUAUCGACAAUAACAGUUACAUAUAUCGACAAUCACCUUUGUCAGAUAUCUACAUAAACAACAAUAGAUAUCGACAAUCACAGUUACAUAUAUCGACAAUAACAAUUACAGAUAUAGACAAUAACAGUUACAGAUAUCGACAAUCACCUUUGUCAGAUAUCUACAUAAACAACAAUAGAUAUCGACAAUAACAAUUACAGAUAUCGACAAUAACAAUUACAGAUAUAGACAAUUACAACUAC